AUGGCAGACUCGUCGACGAUCCAACGUGCGGAGGAGCUGGUGGCUCAAGCCAGAUCUUGCAUCGAGCAACGCCAACUCCAGAAAGCAACCCAGCUAGCCAAGGAAGCAGCCUCCCUAGCACCUACCAACAAAAACGUCCAAGCCUUGGUACAAUCUCUGUCACAAGCGGGCUCAGAUGGAAGUCAGAUCUUGUCUCUGGUCAAAAGCUAUGUUGAAUAUGGAGAGCAGAAGGACGGUCAAGAAGCUGUCAGUUUGCUGAAGCAGCAUGUUGCUGUACCUUCUGACCAGAUUAACGAUGUCGCUCACUUGCUCUUCGACCAUGAUGGAAAGCCUACACAAAUCAGAGAUGAACUUACAGGAGCUUUUGUAAUCAAUUCUGCAGCAGCUCGCAAACAACUUGCCAACAGGAUCCAAGUCGGCACAGAAGCAACCAGAUACUUUCGCUUGCUCUGGAGACGCGGUGAACACAGUUUCAACAGCAUCUUACCUGUUCUUUUGGAUGCAGAAGCUUGGCCUAGUACCGAGGUUCAGACACAGGCUAAGCGAGAUGCUUUCCUACUUGCUCUGGGAAAACUCCUGGAUCCUGCUUUGGAGCAUGGAGAGUGGAGCAUGACCUUGAUCGCCAGACUGCUUACUAGCAAUGCGCAAGAUAUGGCUGGUCUCAUUGACAGAGACGCUUUUGAGAUUGUACUUGCUCAGCUGGACAUUCGUCUCGAUACUAAGAUCAGGGCACAGGCAACCUUGGCUGUUGCGAAACUCCUCGAGGAAACCCGUGAGGAGGGUGAAGCCAUAUUUACAGACUACAUUACCAAUGGUGUCGCCAAAGGACAUAAUGACGAAUUGAUCGUGGCUUUUUCGGCAGCAGCUUCGGUCUUCCCGAUUGUACCACAGACUGUGGCUAAGUUGUUCCUGACACCUGGAUUCUUGGAGGGCUUGGUGCCUGUGCUAGAGAGAAACUCAAUGGGACAGAGAAAGUCACAUCGACUCGAACAGGCAGCGAUGGAGUUAUUAAGUGCAGCAUGUGUCGACAAGGCAUGCAGAGAGAGUAUCUCCAAAGUCGCUUACAACUGGCUCGAUGAUGUGGCGCACACGAGUACAGAGUCAGCAGCCGCGAGUAUGGCUGCAUUAGUGUUAGCCAAGAUUCCACCGAAGCCAGAGUCCGAAGAGUCCUCGAUAACACACGCUGACGAUCUCUCUUCUCUUCUGGUAAAUCUUACGAUGAACGCCAGCAGCCCUGCAGAACAACAGAGCUCAAUAGAGGGUCUGGCAUACACAUCGCUUCAACCCAAGAUUAAGAUGGAGAUUUUGUCCAAUUCGGCCUUACUCAAAAAGCUCAUUGAACGCCUCAAGUCGACAACAACAGCUGACCCCUGUACCUUUGGCAUCUUGACCAUCUUUUCAAACCUAGUCUCUUACCGCCCAGCACAAAGCGAGGAGCAACAAAAGAUGUCACAACUGAAAGACUACGCCCAAGCCAAGAAGCCCGAGGAAAAAGAUCCUUUGGACGAUGACAAACACGUUACAGCACGCUGCAAGACAGUGCUAGACGCAGACCUCGUACCCGUCCUCGUAGCAGCGGCUAGAAGCCACUACACCAUCACAAUCCUAGGCAUAGCAGCAAAGAUCCUGCACGCUCUCGCACGCGAGCAAAAACAUCGCGGCAAACUCGCUCAACAAGGCGCAGUAAAGCUGCUUCUUCAAACCAUCGAUCGUCUCCAAUCUCCUACAGGGCCUGCCGCUGCCUCGGACUCUGCACAAGCAGCAAUUCAUCUAGCCGCGCACGCACUCGCACGUAUUCUGAUCUCUGUAGAUCCCAACCACGUGUUCAGUAGAGCCAUGCCCGCCAUCUCCGCAUUACGGCCCUUGACUCUCCUCCUUACUCCCGACACAAAUUCAGACACUCGCGAUCUCCUUCCCGUCUUCGAAUCCCUUCUCGCACUCACGAACCUUGCCUCCCUCGAAGACGAAAGCGUCAAAGACGCACUCCUCAAACAAGCCUGGGAUCCCACCCAAGACCUUCUACUCUCCUCCAACAAACUCAUUCAACGCGGUGCCGUAGAAUUAGUCUGCAAUCUCAUGGCUUCACCUGCCGGAGUUGCGAAAUACGCGGAUGGCAGUGCGGCGGCAAAACAACGCUUACACAUCCUUCUCGCGCUGGCGGAUGCAGAAGAUGUAGCUACCAGAUGCGCAGCUGGCGGUGCGUUGGCUAUGUUGACAGAAUGGGAUGCAGCUGCAAACGCAGUCCUUGAACAUGAACGUGGCAUUCCUAUCCUCUUAGACCUCUGCGCUGAUGCCAAAGAUGAAAUCAAACAUAGAGGGUUAGUCUGUGUACUUAACGUCAUUUCUGCACCCGGAGAGAUUGGACCUAGGGGAAUGGAGAAAGUCAGGCAACAUGAUGGAUUGGAAGAGAUCAAAGAUUCGUUGAGAGAGUGUAGGGAUGCUAGUGUUAUGGCUGUUGGUGUGGAGGUUUUGAAGGCUAUCAUGGCCAAGGAUGGCAAUAAGGGAAAAACCAUUACGCAGGGAUAG